AGUGGGCAAUGUUUAUGCACGGUAGGAAGUGCAUAAAAGAUCCACUUUCAGUAAACUGAUUGCUCCUUUUGUUGUAAACUAAGAGGACAGGAGGAACAGCUUGGUUCCCCAAGUAUUUUACCUUCUCGUGCCCACACUUGAAGUAGGGGCAUAUGUGAUUGUCCAUUAUAAUUGAUAUACAAGCAUGCAUACUUUAUAAGAUGGACUUUGCACCCAAGAAAUUUCUUUUUGUUCCAAAGAGUGAGUUGUCUACUUUUUAGUUAGUUGCCCUAUUAGAUGAUUUAUAUUCUCUUCACUGUUGAUACUUGAUAAUACUACUGAUAGAGAUGAUCAUGAAUUCGGCAUAAACUUUCUCCAUGGUGUGUUGAAUUGACGAGUCAGAAAGAUCCCAGACAGAAAUCAGAUUCUCAAAGCUGUGGAAUUUGCUCCUAACACCCAGGUCCCAGGCUAUUAUGGCUGCAAAGCAUAAGAAUCAACGAAAUGAUUUCUUGCUAACGUACAUUGAAGUUGGGGUUAAGGAGGGUGAAGUCAUAUUUACUGUAAAGGAGGAUAUAUUAGUUCAUGGGAAAAUAGUCUGAAACACUCAAGAGAACAUUUGAUUGUGGAUUGCUUUUAAUGGAUUCUCCAGUAAUUAUUGAUAGUUGAUAGAUCUAAAGAGAAUAAGAUGGACGGUGCAGAGGAUGAGAUGAGAUAAGAGAUGAAGAUUAUUAUUGAUAACGAAGAUGAUGCAAUGUGGUGGUCAAGUGGAUGGAUGAUGGCAUCACUUUUUGAAGAACUUUCAUGAGCUUUGCUUUGUAAGCACUUGUUCUAAAAUAACAACAGGUUGAUUCU